GUAGAUGAAAGGGAAGCCGUGUCCGUUGUGCCCCGUCCCUUUCUCACUGCUUGCCGCUCAUUCCGUGACUUUGCCUCUUCAAGGCUGCUCCCUCGGUCCGCCUCAGGGCGGCCAUUCCACCCGCCCCCCACUUCCGAUGGAACAGUGUUAUGAGUUUCCGGAUGGUCAGAUUCAGUCCGGCCCCCGGACUGGAAGUCAGACGUGACAGAGAACUGACUUUCGCUGCCGCUGCUCCUCUCGUGUCGGGCGUCCGGAGCGCCAGCGCUCGACCCCAACGGGGAAGCGGUUACAAUGGGAUCGGCUGCUCCCAAACGAAGAGGAGAGCGCGCCUGGAGGGGAAGGGAGCAACAGGUCGGAGGCGGUGACUGAACUCAGUGGCCAGCCUAUGAGAAGGGGGCAGAGCUGUAUUCAUUGAAAAUACUUUGACUGGGCGAUGAGGGCGCAGCUUCGGAAACUGAUCUUGCUCCUGCUACUGGACAGCUCCCUGGCCACCCUCUACGUGUCCCAGUGGCCUCAGAGGUUGGAGGUCCCGAGUGGCUCCAACGUGACUCUGCACUGCGAAGUUCUGGGGCUGACGGAACCCCGGAUGAUAAUCUACCCCUACUGGGUGAUCGGCGGGACGGGGGAGGGGGAAGAGGAACGUGUCGUCUACCCGCCCCCCAAGGAAUCCCAGCAGGAAGCCGCCCUAGCUGAGAGUGAGAUCGGCGCGGGACUCUCCCUCCAACUCCGGCACCUCCGCCCGAGCCACUCCAACACCUACCGCUGUCUGGCGUCCGUUCACCUUCCCGACCGGCGGCUGCUGCUCCGAGGGAACGGGACCGUGCUCCUGGUACGAGACAGCUCCCUCGCCACCCUCCACGUGUCCCAGUUGCCUCAGAGGUUGGAGGUCCCGAGUGGCUCCAACGUGACGCUACACUGCGAAGUUCUGGGGCUGACGGAACCCCGGGUGAUAAUCUACCCCUACUGGGUGAUCGGCGGGACGGGGGAGGGGGAAGAGGAACGUGUCGUCUACCCGCCGCCCAAGGAAUCCCAGCAGGAAGCCGCCCUACCUGAGAGUGAGAUCGGCGCGGGACUCUCCCUCCAACUCCGGCACCUCCGCCCGAGCCACUCCAACACCUACCGCUGUCUGGCGUCCGUUCACCUUCCCGACCGGCAGCUGCUGCUCCGAGGGAACGGGACCGUGCUCCUGGUACGAGACAGCUCCCUCGGCACCCUCUACGUGUCCCAGUGGCCUCAGAGGUUGGAGGUCCCGAGUGGCUCCAACGUGACGCUGCACUGCGAAGUUCUGGGGCUGACGGAACCCCGGGUGAUAAUCUACCCCUACUGGGUGAUCGGCGGGACGGGGGAGGGGGAAGAGGAACGUGUCGUCUACCCGCCGCCCAAGGAAUCCCAGCAGGAAGCCGCCCUACCUGAGAGUGAGAUCGGCGCGGGACUCUCCCUCCAACUCCGGCACCUCCGCCCGAGCCACUCCAACACCUACCGCUGUCUGGCGUCUGUUCACCUUCCCGACCGGCAGCUGCUGCUCCGAGGGAACGGGACCGUGCUCCUGGUACGAGACAGCUCCCUCGCCACCCUCCACGUGUCCCAGUUGCCUCAGAGGUUGGAGGUCCCGAGUGGCUCCAACGUGACGCUGCACUGCGAAGUUCUGGGGCUGACGGAACCCCGGGUGAUAAUCUACCCCUACUGGGUGAUCGGCGGGACGGGGGAGGGGGAAGAGGAACGUGUCGUCUACCCGCCGCCCAAGGAAUCCCAGCAGGAAGCCUCCCUACCUGAGAGUGAGAUCGGCGCGGGACUCUCCCUCCAACUCCGGCACCUCCGCCCGAGCCACUCCAACACCUACCGCUGCCUGGCGUCCGUUCACCUUCCCGACCGGCAGCUGCUGCUCCGAGGGAACGGGACCGUGCUCCUGGUACGAGACAGCUCCCUCGCCACCCUCCACGUGUCCCAGUUGCCUCAGAGGUUGGAGGUCCCGAGUGGCUCCAACGUGACGCUGCACUGCGAAGUUCUGGGGCUGACGGAACCCCGGGUGAUAAUCUACCCCUACUGGGUGAUCGGCGGGACGGGGGAGGGGGAAGAGGAACGUGUCGUCUACCCGCCCCCCAAGGAAUCCCAGCAGGAAGCCGCCCUACCUGAGAGUGAGAUCGGCGCGGGACUCUCCCUCCAACUCCGGCACCUCCGCCCGAGCCACUCCAACACCUACCGCUGCCUGGCGUCCGUUCACCUUCCCGACCGGCAGCUGCUGCUCCGAGGGAACGGGACCGUGCUCCUGGUACGAGACAGCUCCCUCGCCACCCUCUACGUGUCCCAGUUGCCUCAGAGGUUGGAGGUCCCGAGUGGCUCCAACGUGACGCUGCACUGCGAAGUUCUGGGGCUGACGGAUCCCCGGGUGAUAAUCUACCCCUACUGGGUGAUCGGCGGGACGGGGGAGGGGGAAGAGGAACGUGUCGUCUACCCGCCCCCCAAGGAAUCCCAGCAGGAAGCCGCCCUACCUGAGAGUGAGAUCGGCGCGGGACUCUCCCUCCAACUCCGGCACCUCCGCCCGAGCCACUCCAACACCUACCGCUGUCUGGCGUCUGUUCACCUUCCCGACCGGCAGCUGCGGCUCCGAGGGAACGGGACCGUGCUCCUGGUACGAGACAGCUCCGUCGCCACCCUCUACGUGUCCCAGUUGCCUCAGAGGUUGGAGGUCCCGAGUGGCUCCAACGUGACGCUGCACUGCGAAGUUCUGGGGCUGACGGAACCCCGGGUGAUAAUCUACCCCUACUGGGUGAUCGGCGGGACGGGGGAGGGGGAAGAGGAACGUGUCGUCUACCCGCCGCCCAAGGAAUCCCAGCAGGAAGCCGCCCUACCUGAGAGUGAGAUCGGCGCGGGACUCUCCCUCCAACUCCGGCACCUCCGCCCGAGCCACUCCAACACCUACCGCUGUCUGGCGUCCGUUCACCUUCCCGACCGGCAGCUGCUGCUCCAAGGGAACGGGACCGUGCUCCUGGUACGAGACAGCUCCCUCGCCACCCUCCACGUGUCCCAGUGGCCUCGGAGGUUGGAGGUCCCGAGUGGCUCCAACGUGACGCUGCACUGCGAAGUUCUGGGGCUGACGGAACCCCGGGUGAUAAUCUACCCCUACUGGGUGAUCGGCGGGACGGGGGAGGGGGAAGAGGAACGUGUCGUCUACCCGCCCCCCAAGGAAUCCCAGCAGGAAGCCGCCCUACCUGAGAGUGAGAUCGGCGCGGGACUCUCCCUCCAACUCCGGCACCUCCGUCCGAGCCACUCCAACACCUACCGCUGCCUGGCGUCCGUUCACCUUCCCGACCGGCAGCUGCUGCUCCGAGGGAACGGGACCGUGCUCCUGGUACGAGACAGCUCCCUCGCCACCCUCCACGUGUCCCAGUUGCCUCAGAGGUUGGAGGUCCCGAGUGGCUCCAACGUGACGCUGCACUGCGAAGUUCUGGGGCUGACGGAACCCCGGGUGAUAAUCUACCCCUACUGGGUGAUCGGCGGGACGGGGGAGGGGGAAGAGGAACGUGUCGUCUACCCGCCCCCCAAGGAAUCCCAGCAGGAAGCCGCCCUACCUGAGAGUGAGAUCGGCGCGGGACUCUCCCUCCAACUCCGGCACCUCCGCCCGAGCCACUCCAACACCUACCGCUGUCUGGCGUCCGUUCACCUUCCCGACCGGCAGCUGCUGCUCCGAGGGAACGGGACCGUGCUCCUGGUACGAGACAGCUCCGUCGCCACCCUCUACGCGUCCCAGUGGCCUCAGAGGUUGGAGGUCCCGAGUGGCUCCAACGUGACGCUGCACUGCGAAGUUCUGGGGCUGACGGAACCCCGGGUGAUAAUCUACCCCUACUGGGUGAUCGGCGGGACGGGGGAGGGGGAAGAGGAACGUGUCGUCUACCCGCCGCCCAAGGAAUCCCAGCAGGAAGCCGCCCUACCUGAGAGUGAGAUCGGCGCGGGACUCUCCCUCCAACUCCGGCACCUCCGCCCGAGCCACUCCAACACCUACCGCUGUCUGGCGUCCGUUCAUCUUCCCGACCGGCAGCUGCUGCUCCGAGGGAACGGGACCGUGCUCCUGGUACGAGACAGCUCCCUCGCCACCCUCCACGUGUCCCAGUGGCCUCGGAGGUUGGAGGUCCCUAGUGGCUCCAACGUGACGCUGCACUGCGAAGUUCUGGGGCUGACGGAACCCCGGGUGAUAAUCUACCCCUACUGGGUGAUCGGCGGGACGGGGGAGGGGGAAGAGGAACGUGUCGUCUACCCGCCCCCCAAGGAAUCCCAGCAGGAAGCCGCCCUACCUGAGAGUGAGAUCGGCGCGGGACUCUCCCUCCAACUACGGCACCUCCGCCCGAGCCACUCCAACACCUACCGCUGCCUGGCGUCCGUUCACCUUCCCGACCGGCAGCUGCUGCUCCGAGGGAACGGGACCGUGCUCCUGGUACGAGGUUCUCCCCUGGAGCCACUGCCUCUUUACAUCCUGCUCAGCCUGAAGGCGCUCGCACUGCUAUUCCUGACCAUCGCGUAUCGGCUCCCAAAGAGCAAGAGCGAACCAGCGCACCCAGUUUAGUUCCGUAAUGUGCGGACUCUGAAGGGACGGAGACAGUGGCGGAGCACUGCUGGCGGACCCGGGACACUUCCUUAGUCCGUCCUCCUGCAGCCUGGACUGUGCCAAUCACCAACUUUCUCCCAACGACAUCUCACUGUCAGGAGAGACCAACAGAUUCCCGACAGACCAAAGGACAUCCUUCAUGGAGCUGAUCAUCUUCCAGCAAUACUUGAUGCCUGUCUGUGUGAGAUCAGGAAAUAGUCUGUUUCGCAGAGAAUCCUUACCCUUACGGAAAACGAAGUUGUUGUUAAAAUACUGGGUUAACUUGAGGGAGCAGAGGAAUGAUCACCCUGAUAAAAGUUUGUUGCAAGACUGUUGGGAACAUCAGGAAAAGUGUGUUUUUAUUUCUGGCUGGCUGGGUUCUCAUCACGUUAGGAAUACGGGUUUGCUAGAUUAUGUAAUUUGUCCCACUGAUGUUGUUUCGUUAACCCACCAUGAUCUUUUCCAAUGCAUUUAGUUGAUUUUAGUUGCAUGAUUCAAAGAAAUCCAAGGAUCCUGAUAUGCCCAAGAGUCUGUUGGUUCAUCAGUAUGUUAAUGCAAAUUAUUGUGAUACGUUAACCAUUUUUACUGAUGGAUCAAAAGAUAAUUUAACAGGGAAUGUGGGUGUGGCUGUAUUUGUGCCUGAUUUACAAUAAAGUAACAAUAA